UACAGGUCUAGGAUAUUUUGUGUACAAGUAACCAGCCUGAAUUCUACCAACAUAUUAUUGUACAUGUACCUAGCUAAAAUGUACGCAUGAUCAAUCCUUCGUGCGGUAGAGUACUAACCGCUGAAAGAACGAUCGUCGAAGGCAAAGUAGGUUGCGCAAUUAGACAAAAUGUCGUUCUAUCGGUUUAAUUCUUUUACUGGUCGCUUAACACAAGUUUCACAAAAUCAAGCUCUUAAUCCAUUAGCACCUAAUAAGUUACAAACUACAGAAGUACCAAGCUUAAUUUAUGAUUCGAUUAAAACUAAGCCAGUACAGACAGCUGUUAGAAGACAUAAAUCCACAUUACAUCCUAGGAUGGAACAAUUAUAUAAAAAAUUUCAAGAAGAUAUGACAAAACCAUCAUAUCUUUUACGUGGUACAUCAGAUCUAAUAAUUUUCCGUAUUUGUGUUGCAUUGACUACAAUAAGUCUUGGGUUUAGUGCUUAUUACUUUAUUGAACUGAAGAAAAAAUUCUAAUGGAAUUAAAAGAAUACAUAAUUGUAAUAUAGAUAUUUGUAGGGUAAUAUAUAUUAUACAAGUUGUAUUAUUACUUCAUUAAUUGGAAAUCAUAAAUAAAUGAUUAAAAUUA